ACAGACAGUGGGUACCAUCGAGUGAGUGAGUGUCAGAACAGAAAGCUAAGGCAGAAGCAGAGAGGAUGCAGUGAUCGCCCUGUCUUGGCUUUUCUUUUUUAGUAAGGAUAUUGCACAUGUGAGAUUUUACUUUCUGCUGUAGGCUGAAUUCUAGAGACCUGCAUUGGAGACUGUUAUAUUCAUCACGCACAUGGAUUCUGUGCUAUGAUUACCAUUCCCUUUAUUUCAGCACUUUCUUAUGCGAGGAGCUAAACAGUGAUUAAAGAAGCAGGAUGAAAAGAUGGCACAAUCAGUGCUGGUACCGCCAGGACCUGACAGCUUCCGCUUCUUUACCAGGGAAUCCCUUGCUGCUAUUGAACAACGCAUUGCAGAAGAGAAAGCCAAGAGACCCAAGCAGGAACGCAAGGAUGAAGACGAUGAAAACGGCCCAAAGCCAAACAGUGACUUGGAAGCAGGAAAAUCCCUUCCUUUUAUCUAUGGAGACAUUCCUCCAGAGAUGGUGUCAGAGCCCCUGGAGGACCUGGACCCCUACUAUAUUAAUAAGAAAACCUUUAUAGUAUUGAAUAAAGGGAAGGCCAUCUCCCGGUUCAGUGCCACCUCCGCCCUGUACAUCCUCACUCCCUUCAACCCCAUUAGAAAAUUAGCUAUUAAGAUUUUGGUACAUUCUUUAUUCAAUGUGCUCAUUAUGUGCACAAUUCUUACCAACUGUGUAUUUAUGACCAUGAGUAAUCCUCCAGACUGGACGAAGAAUGUGGAGUAUACUUUUACAGGAAUUUAUACUUUUGAAUCACUUAUUAAAAUACUCGCAAGGGGCUUUUGUCUAGAAGAUUUCACAUUUCUACGGGACCCCUGGAAUUGGUUGGAUUUCACAGUCAUUACCUUCGCGUAUGUAACAGAAUUUGUAAACCUAGGCAAUGUUUCAGCCCUUCGAACUUUCAGAGUCUUGCGAGCUCUGAAAACUAUUUCUGUUAUCCCAGGACUGAAGACCAUCGUGGGGGCCCUGAUCCAGUCGGUGAAGAAGCUGUCUGACGUCAUGAUCCUCACUGUGUUCUGUCUCAGUGUCUUUGCCCUAAUCGGCCUGCAGCUCUUCAUGGGCAACCUGAGGAAUAAAUGCUUGCAGUGGCCCCCAGACAAUUCUACCUUUGAAAUAAAUAUCACUUCCUUCUUUAAUAACUCAUUGGACUGGAAUGGUACUGCCUUCAAUAGAACAGUGAACAUGUUUAACUGGGAUGAAUACAUUGAAGAUAAAAGUCACUUUUAUUUUUUGGAAGGGCAAAAUGAUGCUCUGCUUUGCGGGAACAGCUCUGAUGCAGGCCAGUGUCCUGAAGGGUACAUCUGUGUGAAGGCUGGGAGAAACCCCAACUACGGCUACACGAGCUUCGACACAUUUAGCUGGGCCUUCUUGUCGUUAUUUCGUCUCAUGACUCAAGACUUCUGGGAAAACCUUUAUCAGCUGACCCUACGUGCUGCUGGGAAAACAUACAUGAUAUUUUUUGUGCUCGUGAUUUUCUUGGGCUCAUUCUACCUAAUAAACUUGAUCCUGGCCGUAGUGGCCAUGGCCUAUGAGGAACAGAAUCAGGCCACCUUGGAGGAGGCUGAACAGAAAGAGGCGGAGUUUCAGCAGAUGUUGGAGCAGUUGAAGAAGCAACAGGAGGAGGCUCAGGCAGCAGCUGCAGCCGCAUCUGCAGAAUCCAGAGACUUCAGCGGAGCAGGUGGGAUAGGCGUGUUCUCGGAGAGUUCUUCAGUAGCAUCAAAGCUGAGUUCCAAGAGUGAAAAGGAACUGAAAAACAGAAGAAAGAAAAAGAAACAGAAAGAGCAGGCUGGAGAGGAAGAAAAGGAAGACGCAGUGCGGAAAUCGGCCUCUGAGGACAGCAUACGCAAGAAAGGCUUCCGGUUUUCACUAGAAGGAAGUAGGCUGACCUAUGAGAAGAGAUUUUCUUCUCCACACCAGUCUCUAUUGAGCAUCCGAGGCUCCCUUUUCUCUCCAAGACGCAACAGUAGAGCAAGCCUUUUCAGCUUCAAAGGUCGAGUGAAGGAUAUUGGUUCUGAAAAUGACUUUGCAGACGAUGAACACAGCACGUUCGAGGACAACGACAGCAGAAGAGACUCUUUGUUUGUGCCACACAGACAUGGAGAAAGGCGUCCCAGCAAUGUCAGCCAGGCCAGUCGUGCCUCCCGAGGAAUACCCACUCUACCUAUGAAUGGAAAGAUGCACAGUGCAGUGGACUGCAAUGGCGUGGUGUCUCUGGUUGGAGGCCCUUCUGCCCUCACAUCUCCUGUAGGGCAGCUACUACCAGAGGGCACAACUACUGAAACAGAAAUAAGAAAGAGAAAGUCCAGUUCUUACCAUGUGUCCAUGGACUUAUUGGAAGACCCUUCGAGGCAAAGAGCAAUGAGUAUGGCCAGCAUUUUGACCAACACAAUGGAAGAGCUUGAAGAAUCCAGACAAAAAUGCCCACCUUGCUGGUACAAAUUUGCUAAUAUGUGCCUGAUUUGGGACUGCUGUAAGCCAUGGUUAAAGGUGAAACACCUUGUCAAUCUGGUAGUGAUGGACCCAUUUGUUGACCUGGCCAUCACCAUCUGCAUCGUGUUAAAUACGCUCUUCAUGGCCAUGGAGCAUUACCCCAUGACAGAGCAGUUCAGCAAUGUGCUGUCUGUCGGGAAUUUGGUCUUCACUGGGAUCUUCACAGCAGAAAUGUUCCUCAAGAUAAUAGCUAUGGAUCCAUAUUACUACUUCCAAGAAGGCUGGAAUAUCUUCGAUGGCUUUAUUGUAAGCCUUAGUUUAAUGGAACUCGGCUUGGCCAAUGUGGAAGGAUUGUCAGUUCUCCGAUCAUUCCGGCUGCUUAGAGUCUUCAAGUUGGCAAAAUCCUGGCCCACACUGAAUAUGCUCAUUAAGAUCAUUGGCAAUUCAGUAGGUGCACUGGGCAACCUGACCCUGGUGUUGGCCAUCAUUGUCUUCAUUUUUGCCGUGGUUGGCAUGCAGCUGUUUGGAAAGAGCUACAAGGAAUGCGUCUGCAAGAUUUCCAAUGAUUGUGAGCUUCCGCGCUGGCACAUGCAUGACUUCUUCCACUCCUUCCUGAUCGUGUUUCGUGUGCUGUGUGGAGAGUGGAUAGAGACCAUGUGGGACUGCAUGGAGGUCGCUGGCCAGACCAUGUGUCUCACUGUCUUCAUGAUGGUCAUGGUGAUUGGGAACCUCGUCGUUCUGAACCUCUUCCUGGCCUUGCUCCUCAGCUCUUUCAGCUCUGACAACCUUGCUGCCACAGAUGACGAUAACGAAAUGAACAACCUCCAGAUCGCAGUGGGAAGGAUGCAAAGGGGAAUUGAUUUUGUUAAAAGGAAAAUACGUGAAUUCAUUGAGAAAGCCUUUGUCAGAAAGCAGAAAGCUUUGGAUGAAAUCAAACCCUUGGAAGAUCUGAAUAACAAGAAAGACAGCUGUAUCUCCAACCACACGACCAUAGAAAUAGGCAAAGACCUCAAUUAUCUCAAAGACGGAAACGGGACAACCAGUGGCAUAGGCAGCAGUGUGGAGAAGUAUGUGGUAGAUGAGAGUGAUUACAUGUCGUUCAUAAACAACCCCAGCCUCACUGUAACUGUGCCCAUUGCCGUUGGAGAGUCUGACUUUGAAAACUUAAAUACGGAAGAGUUCAGCAGCGAAUCAGAUAUGGAGGAAAGCAAAGAGAAAUUGAAUGCAACUAGUUCAUCUGAAGGCAGUACAGUUGAUAUAGGUGCUCCAGCAGAGGGAGAGCAGCCAGAGGCUGAACCAGAAGAAUCCCUUGAGCCAGAAGCCUGUUUCACAGAAGACUGUGUGAGAAAAUUCAAGUGUUGUCAGAUAAGCAUAGAAGAAGGCAAAGGCAAGCUCUGGUGGAACCUGAGGAAGACAUGCUACAAGAUCGUGGAGCACAACUGGUUUGAGACCUUCAUCGUCUUCAUGAUCCUGCUCAGCAGCGGUGCUCUGGCCUUUGAAGACAUAUAUAUCGAGCAGCGAAAGACCAUCAAGACCAUGCUGGAGUAUGCUGACAAGGUUUUCACUUACAUCUUCAUCCUGGAGAUGCUUCUAAAGUGGGUUGCUUAUGGUUUCCAAAUGUAUUUCACCAAUGCCUGGUGCUGGCUGGACUUCCUGAUUGUUGAUGUAUCAUUGGUUAGCUUAACUGCAAAUGCCUUGGGUUAUUCAGAACUUGGUGCCAUCAAAUCCCUCAGAACGUUAAGAGCUCUAAGGCCUCUCAGAGCCUUAUCCCGAUUUGAAGGAAUGAGGGUUGUUGUAAAUGCUCUUCUGGGUGCCAUCCCAUCCAUUAUGAAUGUACUUCUGGUCUGCCUGAUUUUUUGGCUAAUAUUCAGUAUCAUGGGUGUGAAUCUCUUUGCUGGCAAGUUCUAUCAUUGCAUCAACUAUACCACUGGGGAAAUGUUUGACGUGAGUGUGGUCAACAACUUCAGUGAGUGCCAAGCGCUCAUAGAGAACAACCAGACAGCCAGGUGGAAGAAUGUGAAAGUCAACUUUGAUAAUGUGGGACUUGGAUAUCUUUCUCUGCUUCAAGUAGCCACAUUUAAAGGAUGGAUGGACAUCAUGUAUGCAGCUGUUGACUCAAGAAAUGUAGAAUUGCAACCCAAAUAUGAAGACAAUCUCUACAUGUACCUUUACUUCGUCAUCUUCAUUAUUUUCGGCUCAUUCUUCACACUGAAUCUUUUCAUUGGUGUCAUCAUAGACAACUUCAACCAACAGAAAAAGAAGUUUGGAGGUCAAGACAUCUUUAUGACAGAAGAACAGAAGAAAUACUACAAUGCAAUGAAGAAGCUGGGAUCCAAGAAACCUCAAAAACCCAUACCUCGACCUGCUAACAAAUUUCAAGGGAUGGUCUUCGAUUUUGUAACCAAACAAGUCUUUGACAUCAGCAUCAUGAUCCUCAUCUGCCUCAACAUGGUCACCAUGAUGGUGGAAACUGACGACCAGAGUCAGGAGAUGACCAACAUACUGUACUGGAUCAACCUGGUGUUCAUUGUCCUGUUCACUGGCGAGUGUGUGCUUAAGCUCAUCUCCCUCCGCUAUUACUAUUUCACCAUUGGAUGGAAUAUUUUUGAUUUUGUGGUGGUCAUUCUCUCCAUUGUAGGAAUGUUUCUGGCCGAGCUGAUAGAGAAGUACUUUGUGUCCCCUACCCUGUUCCGAGUCAUCCGCUUGGCCAGGAUUGGCCGAAUCCUACGCUUGAUCAAAGGCGCCAAGGGGAUCCGCACGCUGCUGUUCGCGCUGAUGAUGUCCCUUCCUGCGCUGUUCAACAUCGGCCUCCUGCUUUUCCUGGUCAUGUUCAUCUAUGCCAUCUUUGGGAUGUCCAACUUUGCCUACGUUAAGAGGGAAGUUGGGAUUGAUGACAUGUUCAACUUUGAGACCUUCGGCAACAGCAUGAUCUGCCUGUUUCAAAUCACCACCUCAGCAGGCUGGGACGGACUGCUGGCACCUAUAUUAAAUAGUGGACCUCCCGACUGUGAUCCUGAAAAAGAUCACCCCGGAAGCUCGGUGAAGGGGGAUUGUGGGAACCCAUCCGUGGGGAUUUUCUUUUUUGUCAGCUACAUCAUCAUAUCCUUCCUGGUUGUGGUGAACAUGUACAUCGCCGUCAUCCUGGAGAACUUCAGUGUCGCCACGGAGGAAAGUGCAGAGCCCCUGAGUGAGGACGACUUUGAGAUGUUCUAUGAGGUCUGGGAGAAGUUCGACCCUGAUGCCACUCAGUUCAUAGAGUUCUGCAAGCUCUCUGACUUUGCGGCUGCCCUGGAUCCUCCCCUUCUCAUCGCAAAGCCCAACAAAGUCCAGCUCAUUGCCAUGGAUCUGCCCAUGGUGAGCGGAGACCGCAUCCACUGCCUGGACAUCUUAUUUGCUUUUACGAAGCGGGUUUUGGGUGAGAGCGGAGAGAUGGACGCCCUUCGAGUCCAGAUGGAAGAGCGGUUCAUGGCUUCCAACCCCUCCAAAGUCUCCUAUGAGCCGAUUACCACCACGUUGAAACGCAAACAAGAGGAGGUGUCGGCUAUUGUCAUUCAGAGAGCGUACCGGCGCUAUCUCCUGAAGCAGAAAGUUAAGAAAGUUUCCUCUAUAUACAAAAAGGAUAAGAGCAAAGAAGGUGAGGGAACGCCCAUCAAAGAGGACAUCAUCAUCGAUAAACUAAACGAGAAUUCAACUCCAGAGAAAACUGACGUGACACCUUCCACCACGUCUCCACCUUCCUACGACAGCGUGACCAAACCAGAGAAGGAAAAAUUUGAGAAGGACAAAUCGGAAAAGGAGGACAAAGGGAAAGAUAUCAGGGAAAGUAAAAAGUAAAAAAUAAAUAAAUAAUAAAAUUAAAAUAAAAAAAAAAACAAACAAGAAUAUUCCAUUUUGUGAUCAACUGUUUACAGCCUGAGUUGGUGAUGUAUCUGUGACUCCCUCAGGAGGUCUAUGCCAAACUGACUGUUUCUACAAGUGUAUACUUAAGGUCAGUGCCUAUAACCAGACAGGACCUCGGGUCAGCCGACGGGGACUCACUCCACCCGACACACAGCAGGGACAGGAGGUUUCUGUUUUCACAACCAGCUGACAUUGCUGAAGAGGACAGCGAUGGCUACUCAGACUACAGGAACAAGGGACACGGGGAGGGAAGUUCAAUUUUGAUGUAAAUUUAACACGUGACACUUGAUAGCAGUAACUGUCACCACUGUUUGUGUUUUAACUGCCACACCUGCCAUAUUUUUACAAAAUGUGUGCUGUGAAUUGAUCACCUUUUCUUUUUCUUUUUAAAUUCACGGGUUGUUUACUCUUAUACGUGACUAUUUUUGUAAAUGGGUUUACGUUUGGGGAGAGGGAUUAAGGAGGGGAUUCUACAUUUCUCUAUGUAUAACGAGAUCUAUUUUCAAUGAAGGCAUGCUGCAGUUCUCAUUCACACGUGAAACUAUCCCAUCACACAAGGAAAGGGUUCACUUCUUAUUUCAGGAUGUUUUUAGAUUUUUGAGGUGCUUAAAUAGCUAUCCAUAUUUUUAAGGUGUUUCAUCCAGAAGAAUUUUAAUGUGCCUGUAAAUGUUCCAUAGAAUCACAACCAUCAAAGAGUUGUUUUAUUUUUACAUAUCUCAUUAUAUGUACAUGUAUAUAUGUAUAUAUGUAUAUGGCCGUGUAUAUACAUAUAUAUGUAUACACACAUGCAUACACAUGCACACACAGACCAUCACAUGCUCAGAGUCCUGGCAGCAUGACUGUAACAUUUUUUGAUAAGUGUCCUUUGGCAAAAAAUAUCCUAUCAAUCCUUUCUAAGAAACCCGAACUGACCAAAAACCAUCCCCACUGCCACUUUCUGAAGCUGAUUCUGCUUUCUCCUGCAGUAUUGUUUAGCCAUCUUCUGCUCUUGGUAAGGUUGACACAGUGUAUGUCAAUUAAAAAAAAAAAGUCUGCUUUGUAAAUAGUAAUUUUACCCAGUGGUGCAUGUUUGAGCAAACAAAAAUGAUUUAAGCACAGUAUUACUGCAUCAAAUAUGUACCACAGUUAAGUAUAGUUUGCAAGCUUUCAACAGGUGACAUGGUGUCAUUGGUUCCCUUAGAAUCUGAAGCUGUUACUGCUGCAUGUCUCUCUUGCUGAUGCUGCUGUAUCUUGACCCUUCCGCUGUUCAGAAGUCUAAAAGGGAAGCCAUAUGUCAGAGCGAAGGCAGGCAAAUCAUUGCAUCAGGAACGCAUUCUCCAUGACACUGAGCAAUGGGUUACUACAGUAAAUGAGGAAGAGCUCCCCUGUUCUAUGUCCUCUCGACCUUCACUGAACACUCUGGUGAGAAGUCGGACCGUGUAAACAAGUGGCAAACUGCUGAGAUCUGUUGAAAGUGUAUGGUUAGAGUUUUCUAAGAAAAUAUAAAUAUUGUAAAAAAGGGGGUUCAUUUUACGUUAUUUUUCAGCCUUUUGUACAUAAAAUGAAAAAUUAAAAGUAUCUUCAGGUGGAUGUCACAGUCAUAUCAUUAGUUUCUGUUCCCAGCACUUCUUAAUUAAGGCACGUCACAAAGUAAGAGAUGAAGACUGAGAGGCGGUGUAGGUUUCUGCUCUCAUUGUUGGUACUGUGGACUUGCACGUAUUUCUACAGUUCUCAAGCCAAGUCGAGUGUUCAUUUGCUUUCAGUAGUAACGCCUCAUCAUUGACAAGAGGUUUCAACGGGAGCAGAUGAUACUCUUGGCAUGGCUUGAAUGGGAUGUCCUCACCUAGCAUUUUCCCCUAGAAUUCAUCCAUCUUUCCUAAUGUUUGUUUACACAGAUAGAUAGAUGGAUAGAUAGAAUUUUACUGACCCACAUGGCACUAGAGCUGUAUCAGAUAUGAUAUAGGAACCAAACUUCCUUUCUUCCCUUCUUCCUUCCUUCCUUCCUUCCUUCCUUCCUUCCUUCCUUCCUUCCUUCCUUCCUUCCUCCUUCCUUCCUUUCCCUUUCUUUCUUUGUUUCUUUGUUUCUUUCUUCUCUCUCUCUCUCUCUCUCUCUCUCUCUCUCUCUCUCUCUCUCUUUCUCUCUCUCUUCUCUCCCACAAAACCAAGUAGUGAAAUGAUAUUACCAAUUACAGCAAAACAUUUUGUUUCACAAACAACAUUCAAUGUAGUUUCUUUAUACUAAAGCUAUUGACUUGUAGUGUGUUGGUGAAUGCAUGCAGGAAAAUGCUGUUACCAUAAAGAGCAGUAAGCCACAUUACAAUCAAGCCAAAAGAAUAAAGAUUUUUGCUUUUGUUUCUGUAUUUAUUGUUUUGUCUGUGUUUCUAUCUUCGAGAUGCCAUUUAGAGGUAAAUUUCUAUCGUGUAAAAAUUAUCUAUCUGAAAAUUUAAAUGUAAAAAGUACACAUUAAGUAUAAUUAUUCAUCUUUAAAUUUUUCAUGGACUGGAAGCUAAGAAGAGUGUAUUGGAUAUUUAGUUUUAAUAUUGGCCAAAAAGCCCCAGCUAUGGCACCUGGUAGAGUAGCGGGAAGUUAAAAAGAUUAAUAAAAAUUUGACUAACA